AUGUCCAAGCCCGACCCUCAGCUCAACAGCACCAUUACUGCGACUUUCACGGUUCGGCCAAAUGACCUGGCGAGUGCGAUAUCUCCCGACCCGAACGAUCGCUUUCCGGCUGUGUUCUCGACUUCACGGCUUGUCGCUCUGAUGGAAAUCGCCAGCGCUCGACUGCUUGAGCCAUGCCUCUCCCCGGGCCAGCUCUCUGUUGGGGUUCGCAUCGAUGUUACGCACUCGGCACCCACUCCCGAGGGAACUGAGGUGACAGCGGAGGCAAAGUUUGUUGGACGAGAGGGCAAACUGUUCGUCUUCGAGGUGAUCGCGAGAGAUCCCGCCGGCGAAAUAGGUCGGGCCAGACACGAAAGAGCUAUUAUUAAUGUGGAGAGGCUGGAGAAUGCCGCUAGAAAGAGGAUUCUAGAAGGAGAGCGAGUUCCCAGACAAGGCGAACUAUAA